AUGGGCACACAUUCAGGAUUAACCUAUUUAAAUUCCUGUAUUAAAGUGCCAAUCGAUCCUUGUAAUAAUUGUCCAGCGCCCGUAUACAAUCGUCCCAAAAUUUGCAUGGGCAAGACGCAGAAAACACCUGAGAAGGAUGAAGUAAAGGAGCCAACAUGGACAAGCCAAACGGGCAUUCGAAAGUUAGCCAAAUUCUAUGAUAGUAUACCUGAUUACUGCGAGGUUAAGCAUUUGCACCAGGCUGAAUUCUAUUCCACGCUGGAAACCUUGCGCAGCACCAGCCGUGAGUUAAGAGCUUCAGCUCCGGCACAAGGGCCCGAACCAGGACCUAAUGCAGUCCCGGAUCGUUGUUCAAGCGCCAAAAAACGUUUGGCUAAGGGCAAAAAGAAAAAGCAUUGCCCUCCAUUGGUGUUACCUCCAGCCACAUCCAUACCCACUCCCUUGCCUACGCCCAGUUCCACCAGUUGCAGUUUAAGUGAUGAAUAUGAGAAAUGUCUGAAAGAUUUGAGUCGCCUGAAAAGCUUUAAACAAGAAUUUGCAGUCGAAGUGGCAGAUUUCAAGCAAUCGCUGAAGAAUUUCGAGGAGGAAUUUAAAAGACCGAAGUCUACUAGCAGUACUCAGACCAAUGUCCAGCCCAAGCCAGUGGCUCCACCACCUACUCGACUGAAGGCACCUCUAGCAGCCCCAAAACACACAGCUGAGCGAAGCAAAUGUCGCAUGGAAAUGUUGAGACGUUGCUUCAGUAGCAAUGACCUGGCCACUAUAGCGAAAAUAGAGCCACUCAAAUCUGAUGCUUUCCCACCCAAAGAAGUGCCCAAGAUACAUAUUGAUGCAGCUUCUGUGUCUUCCAAACGUACCAGCAGUGCCGCCUCCUCCUGUAAUCGAGGGCGUGGUCGUGGUCGUGCUCGACGGGCAUUCAGAAUGAAGAUUACCAGUGAAGAGAAAUCGAAACCGCCGACUGCUGCAGCAUUAACAAUUUUCGAUUUGGAUGAGCAACUGGCUAAAACAUCAGGAACUUGCAGCAUUUCACCUCAACAUCCAGUAGCUCGACCCAAUUUGGCUGCCACUCUACGUGCCGAAGUCUCUAGGAAAAAGGUCAAAGAGUUAAAGAAUCAAAAUUGCACAUAUCACGACCCUAGACCUUCAUUCGAUUGGGAAGUACGAAAGACCCCCGCCUGGAAGUCGCUGUCACUAAAUGAAUCGCAUAAGGCUCUGCUUUCCAUCCGCUUGGCUACUCGCAAAGCCGAGCAGGCCUUGCAAGAACGUCAGUAUGAUUUGCACAUGGAAAUGAUGAGGCAACGUGUAAAAUCAGCCCCCCUAUUACUAGAAGGUCCCACUUAUUGGGGUCCUGAGGUGGGCAAAUUGUCACACAACUGCCGCAGCGAGGGAUUAAGCCACAAUUGCGAUAGCAGUAAGCAUCAGAAGACCAAAAAGCAGAAAUCCAAAUGCAUCAGCGAUGCGGAUGCCAAACUGCAACAAUUGAGAAAAAUCUAUGGAACGGACAAGUCCUGUCAAUCACGUCAAUCGACGCAACGAAGCAAACGCAGUAGAUCAGCAGCCAGCCAUCGUCAUGUAAGAGAGGAGAACCCCAUGACACCCAUCAACGUCGCCUGCACUUUUUCCAAUUCUCACGAUAGCGGUGAUGAUUUAUGCAGUGUGGAUCGAGCCUUCCUCUAGAGGCAGAAAUUAACAAAUAGCUUAAAUAACUUGUAGACCGAAUAUAUAUGUAUACUUUUUUUCUUCGAUUCAUUUGUCCACUUUUA